AUGCCCGCAGUGAAAGUAUUUAGUAUAUUUGGUGGGCAGAAGCCGACCGAGAAGCAACCGACACCCCCCGCUCAUGGGGCUAUUCAAAAAUUGUACAGGACAUUUUCAGUCAGUCCCGAAAACUCAACGGAGCACAAACCCGGCAAAGUAACCGCGAUAGCUGCCUGUAUCGAGAAAAAGAUUACUGAGCCUACUAUUUCUAAGAGUGACGUGCAAAAUAUAUUGAAAAAGACUAAUACUUGCGAUUCAUCGAACUCAUCGGAUGGUUCGAAAUUACAAAGUAACGUGUAUGAGAAUGUUAAUAUUGUGAACUCGGACAAACUAUCACCGGUUAGUAGUAAUUUGUUGGAAGAAACGAAAGGAUAUUCAUCUAUUUAUGAAAAUAUUACAUUUAUUGGGAAAAUCGAUUGUUCUACAACAGAAAUCGAGCCUUUAACUUCCGAAUCAAAAUUAGGGAAGGCCUUGGAAUCGUUUGAUAAAAUUCUAACAGAAUUUUCCUCGAGCCUUUUUUUAACUCACAAUCCUAAUUUCGUAGUACCCAAAUUACAAAAAUCUAAAACUUGUAGUAUUAUUGAGUCGCGGUGCAUUUUGAAGAAAAAAAAUUCUGAUCCCGAAACGGAGCGAAGAACGCGGCAUCUCGUUUCGAGAAAUAACUCUAUAGACAAAACUACGAGUUUGUGGAAUCUAGACGAUAUGAGAGGUAAGGAGUUAACAAGUCCUCUUACACCGCUCAAUCCUUUACCUAUUGACAAAAUGAGUUCUGACAAAUAUGCAACGUAUAAAGUAUCAUCAAAACCCACGACCCGCGCUACAACCAUAAAAACAGAAGACUUGAAAAAAAUGGACGUAAAAACAAGAAUUCUAAAAAAGACCCUAUCAAAUCCUCCAUCCACGCCCGUACCUGUCGUGUCAAAAACGAAACCGAUUCCAAAAAAACUGGAUAAGAAGUUCACUGACAUCAAAAAGGAUAAACCAAGAAGCGGUCUUAAUAAUGCCAGAAACACUAUAGAUAUGCCAAAAUCCCAAAUGCAAAAAGCUAAAAGUGUUUGGGAGAUUGGUAAUGAAUCUAUGAUUUCGCCUGGCUUGGAGAGAACUAAAUCAAGUACUUCUAUCGCGGGUUCUCCUAGUAAGAUCCCGGUGAUCAGGAGCCAAAUGUCACAAAAUAAAUUUAGCACCACGCGAGCUCUUUUUUCUCCCACUCCUGUUGAUCUAACUAAUGUAGACCAGCCCAGAGAGUGUGCUCAGAAAAAAAAGCCCAUCCUGUCUCGAAAAACAGCUGAAAAAAUCGAUCAAAUGAAACAAACGCGACAAAAAUCCCAGAUCAAUUUAAAAGCUGACUCGAAGCGUCAAUCCGACAAGGCUAAGAAAGAUUCAAGUGAAAAGAAAGUCGCAUCAUCAUCACCAAAGAGUACUCUAAGAGACUACUCUGAUGAAUUGAACGCCGUGCGCGCUAAAAUACAAGUAAAAAAAAUAAACAACAAACGAGAUCUUACAGUAGAAAUGCCCGAUAAUAACCGAAACCAAAACGACACGGAUGAAAUCGAUUCUAUGCUAUCACCUGUUAAAUAUCUCGUAAAAAAGUUGGAGUUUAAAACAGCUCUGGAAUUGAAAACCGAGACCGCCCAAUUUACAAACUGUAAGGUGAUACCGCCGUUUCAUAAAGAGGUAUGCGUAGCUAAUACGACAUUCCAUAAUCAUUUGAGCACACUCGUGGGUCGCCAAAUUAAAUGCAUAGAAUCCAGGGACGACAUUAAGACAUACAGCCAGCAAGAUAAGCUGACUUUGCACAAACAUUCCGAGGAGAAGAUAUCGGACACGCACUCUGACUGCAGCGACGACUCCGGUCACGUUUCUAAUGACGCUGCUAACGAUAACGAUGCCGUGUUCGACAACGUCCUUGAAAUGAGCCGAGCGGACAGCAGCGCUGAUGAACUGGGCUGUAAAUUGUUUGAUGCUCCCAAACAGUUCAGGGUAGAACUGCCGGAGAAUGCGAAGAACGUAUGUCCAGUGCGGCCCGCCCGGCGCGGUGAACGCUGCAAUGAGGUCGCUAGCGGUAUUCGCGCCAUCGCCGACACUCCGAAAGUGGACGAACAGGUACGCCACUUAACAUAUCGAUAA